CCGCAGCCGCGGUGCAUUGUGGGGCGGCGAGAUGGCGGCGCUCAGCGUGGGGCGGGCGGCUGCCAGGGGUCUCCUGCGUGCCCAGAGCCUCGGGACCUGGAGAGGCCUGCAUGCCUCCGCCGGCCUCCAGCAGAUCCCGCGGGCCAAGUCAGAAAAUGCAAAGUCUGAGAGCACGUUCCAGGUCACCAUGCUGCCCGGAGAUGGGGUGGGCCCAGAGCUCAUGCACGCCGUCAAGGAGGUGUUCAAGGCUGCCAGCGUGCCGGUGGUCUUCGAUGAGCAUCACCUGAGUGAGGUGCAGAACAUGGCGUCGGAAGAGAAACUGGAUCAGGUGGUUGACUCCAUGAAGGAAAGCAAAGUGGCCCUUAUAGGCAAGAUCCACACCCCCAUGGAGUACAAGGGAGAGCUGGCUUCUUACGACAUGAGGCUCAGGCGCAAAUUAGACUUGUUUGCAAAUGUUGUCCACGUGAAGAGCUUACCAGGCUAUAAAACACGCCACAACAACUUGGACCUCGUGAUCAUUCGUGAGCAGACGGAGGGGGAGUACAGCUCUCUGGAACAUGAGAGUGCAAAGGGAGUCAUCGAGUGCCUGAAGAUCAUCACCCGGGCCAAGUCGCAGCGCAUUGCCAAGUUCGCAUUUGACUACGCCACCAAAAAAGGGCGCUCUAAGGUCACAGCUGUGCACAAAGCCAACAUCAUGAAAUUGGGCGAUGGGCUGUUCCUGCAGUGCUGUGAAGAAGUGGCAGAACUCUACCCCAAGAUCAAAUUUGACACCAUGAUCAUUGACAACUGCUGCAUGCAGCUGGUGCAGAACCCCUAUCAGUUUGAUGUCCUGGUCAUGCCAAACCUCUACGGGAACAUCAUCGAUAACCUGGCAGCUGGCUUGGUGGGCGGUGCCGGCGUGGUUCCAGGGGAGAGCUACAGCGCCGAGUAUGCUGUGUUUGAGAUGGGCGCCCGCCACCCCUUCGCCCAGGCCGUGGGCAGGAACAUCGCCAAUCCCACUGCCAUGCUGCUCUCCGCUGCCAACAUGCUGCGGCAUCUCAACUUGGAAUUUCACUCCAAUUUGAUCGCGGAUGCGGUGAAGAAGGUGAUCAAAGUCGGAAAAGUUCGGACACGGGACUUGGGCGGUUACUCCACCACUUCUGACUUCGUGAAGUCUGUGAUUGACAACCUGCACCCCCACUAUGGUGCCUAGGAACCCCACUCGCCCCGGGGAGUCGGGGACUUCAUUGCACCCUGCAGCAGCUUCCCAUAGCUUACAGCCCAGCAGCGCGUCCUUCCCCCUUCCCCGCCUGGCGCAGCUCGCCCUGGCCGAGGUUCCCUGGUGCCCCGGGGGCAGAGGAGGAGGAGGGCGGCUCUCCUCCUGCCCAGCCCAGAGCCAAGUAACCACCCCCAGUCACCCCAGCGGGGAUUGCUGGAGGGACCGAGGGCAGCGCUCCCUUCGAAGUGAGGAUCCCUGGGGGUCUCCCCAGUUCACGUAGGCAGCGUCUCCACUGUGCCCUCCGUGCGAUGAGGGCAGUGCGGCUCUCGGGGCCUGCUGGGGCGAAUUGGGGGUGAGCGGGCAGCAUCCCAACCUCGGCAGGCAGCUCUUGGGGACAGCGGGACCACGGUUACUGUAGGAGCCUUCUGCCCACGGAGACUUUAGCAAUAAAUGGGACCACAGGGCUGACGCCCCGCAUCCAGAAUGCACAAGGGCAAGCUGCUCACGCAGAGCGAGGUUCCCCGUGCUGGCAUAAUCCUGGCUGUGAGGUUUUGUCACCUCCUGGAAACCGGUGCAGGGUGUGAGGUGGUGAUGGGGGGGGGGGGGGGGGGGGGCUGCUCUCUUUGCCCCCACUUCAUGCGUUUGUGGCUGGUUUCUGAAAGCUGGGAACCUGCCUGGGGCUCUGAGCUGGGCCACCCCCGGGUAGGGCAGCGCCUGCGUGGGCAACAAAUGCUUGCCCCGCAGCAGGCAGAGCUCGGGACCUUCCAAACUGCUGCGCUCCUCCAUGGCAGCUCUUUGCCCAGCAGUAUGAGCCUCUGGAGCCCACGUGGCUCCCCGGGGUGGUGGCUGGGGACCAGCAGCGAUGCCAAAGCGUUUGGUGGGACCAUGGAAGCUCUGCCCUGGCAGGCAGCUGCUGUGGCCAGGGCAAGGCACUGUGUGUGUGAGAGAGCGACUGGGACAUACAUGUAUUUAAUGCUGCGCUUUGUAUUCAUGUUUGCAAAUAAAGGGUCCAACAUUUCCCUCCACACCUCCCCGGUCCAGGUGCUGUUCCCCACCUGGCUCUGCCCCUGCCCUGCACCGCACGGGUAAGGCUCAGGGUUGGCCCAAGCCCCUGGGGGUGGUGGGGCAGCUUGUGGGGUCAGGGCAAUUGGCCAGGGCUAGAAGCCCAGCUGGCAGCGAGCGCAGGGCCAUGGCCGGGCUCUGCCUGCAGCAGUAGGAGCAGGGCUGCGUCCAGGGGAACGCCUGGGGCUCAGCACUGGUCCUGCACCACCACUGCCAGCCCCUCACUGUCCCCUCCGGCCUGCUGGGGUCGGUGAGCCCAGGGAGGGGCUGCCAUGAAAUCCUCUGCUGCUCCGAUUCCUGCCUCUCCCACCCCUUCAAAACCUGCACAGAAGCAGGCACUGGCAGAGGGGCUGGCAGCCACUUCCUGGGCUGUCACUGACCAUCUCCUGUGGUGGGGGCUCGCUGGGACACCCCUGCAGGGACCAAAGUAGCUGAGGUCUGUGCUGGAACCAGAGGCAAGAGGCCCAGCACGUGCUUGUGCCCACACGCACAGACAGGGUGCACCAGAGCUCGGGGGGGACAAUGUCCCUCUCAGCUGGCACGGGGCAGGGUGCACCUUGUCAGGCUGUCCCCAGCGUGCCUCCUCCCUGAGGCACAAGGACACCUUAGGUAGUCUCCCAGCAGGGGCUGCAAAGAGCCUCGGGGGGCCUGGUCCUGCAGCGACAGCACCCAGCACAUGCCCAG